UGCUUAGUGCUCCAGAUGCCAUUGUGGCAAGCAUGGUGGUCGCAGAGAAACGAUUCGGCAGUUCUGGUGGGGAAAAUGUGGUCGAAACAGUAAUGAAUAUUAUGGGAAUACGCAAUAUUAAAUCUGUUUCUUUGGGCGCUACACUGUCUGAAAUGGGCAUGGAUUCAUUGAUGGCUGUAGAAAUACAGCAAACUUUGGAACGCAAUUUUGAUUUGUCUUUGACACCAGAAAUGCUGCGUUCAUUAACGUUCCAAAAAUUACUAGAGUACAACGAAGGGAAGGCAAAGGAAUUUAAUGUAACUGAAGAUGAAGAUCUUGACUUCGCCUUGAAGGAUACUCCCACAGGAAUCGAAUUAUUAGUGCGCAAUUUGGGCGAUGAAACUCGAUGCAAUGAGGUAAUGAUUGAAUUGCAAUCAGAUACUUUACAACUUGCGACAUUGCCAACCAUUAUGAUACCCGGAAUAGAGGGAACCGCAGGCCAAGUGUGGUAUAAGAUGGCCAAGAAUAUCAAUAGCAAAGUAAACAUGUUGCAGUUCCAUCGCUUUGCUGAACUGACGUCAAUAAAAGAGAUUGCCGAAGCAUGUUAUGAAGACGUGAAAACAGUCGUAAAAGCUAAUCGCCAGUUUUAUAUUGUUGCGUACUCGUAUGGGGCUUUCAUUGCGCUGGAAUUGGUUGCAAUGUUAGAGAAGGCUGGCUUUCACGGUCAAUUAUUAUUAAUUGAUGGAGCUCCACAUUUCCUAACUAAACUUACCCACUUGCACGUCGGUGAAAAUAUUACCGACAAUAAUCUAUAUGACUUAAUACUGUCUGGUGUUAUACAGACAGUUUUCCGUGAAAAUAUCAGAGAAUUGCUCGCACUACAAUUUAGUCAACUUCCAACUAUCGAAAAAAAAAUGGAAAAAUUCGAUGAAUACAUAGCAAAACAAAGUGUACAUAGCUCGAAUUACUCGAAAGCUAUGGUACAUGCUAUCUUUAGACGCUUAUCCACGGUAAAGAAGUACGAUCUUAUAAACUUCGAACCAAUAAAUUCGCCAAUUAUACUCAUUCGCUCCGCCGAAGUUGCGAUUCAAAAUAUUGAUGAGGAUUAUAGUCUACAGAAAAUCACUAAAGGCACUGUAAUAGUUGAAAAGAUCGAAGGCAGCCAUACCACUAUGUUGGAUAAUCCUAUCCUAUCUAAGUUAAUUAAUGAUUUUAAUCCAUCAUUGACGGGGAAGGGAAAUUAAGGACGUUGAAAAAAA